AGGACAAGAGACAUUGAAAUCCUUGCAAAUAUGAAAAAAUCAGUGAUUUUAGUAGUGACAUUGGUGGCAUUGGUUUCAAUAAUAUCGAUUUUGUUACUUUUACAUUUCAAUGCCAGAACGGUUGUGGUGCGUAAUGUACCGAAAACAGGAAAUUACUAUGUAUCACAAAUACAACCAAAUGAUCCACAAUAUGCAAAGCUACAGUUUUCGAUUUCAUUAUUGAAUCAUUUACAAAAUGCCGAGCCAAAUAAAAGUAUUUUUUAUUCGCCACACAGUGUGUAUCUUGCACUUUUUUUAGUUUACUUUGGUGCUGCUGGUGAAACAGAGAAAGAACUCAAAAAUGCAUUAGGCUUGAAUUGGGUUGAACGGAAAUCGGAUAUGGAAAAUUUAUACAAUUUGGAGAAAAAUGUAAACGCCAAUCGAUUUCAAGAUGACACAAUUGAAUUUCAAUCAGCUGAUAAAUUAUUCUUCUCGAGCAGUAUCCCAAUAGAUCACCGGACGACGAAGAUGUUGAACGAUAGCAUUGAACUACUCAAUUUUGCUGAUGAACCAGACCAAUGUAUUGCACAUAUUAACCGAUUCGUUGAAGAAGUUACAAAGAACAACAUCAAAAACUUCACAAACUCCAACGAAAUAACAUCACAAACACAGUUAGCUGUUGUCAAUGCAGCAUAUUUUAAAGGAAUAUGGGAAAAUAUUUUCGAUAAAAAAAAGACGACAAAAAAAUUAUUCUAUAGUUACAGUGAACCCGACCCUGUGUAUGUUGAUAUGAUGAUAAAAGAGGAUGUUUAUUACGAAUUUGCAAGCAAUUUCUAUUUGGAAGCCGACGUCCUGAAAAUACCAUAUAAAGGUGAAAGUGGAUCGAUUUCAAUGUUUGUCUUUUUACCACACCCUGACCAAGCUAUUGAAAAAUUAUUAGAAAAAUUAACGCCAGAAAUUCUAGACAAUACAUCGAACAGAAUGAUUAGAUCUAAGGUUGAUCUUUCAUUUCCGAAGUUUUCAAUUGAAAAAACAUCAAAUUUAAUACCGAUAAUGAAACGUAUGGGGGUUAAAGAGUUAUUCGAUGAAAAUGCCAAUUUAAGCGGUUUCUCCAAAUCUCUAAAGCAAGCAAGUGAUAUUAGACACAAGGCAAAAAUUGAAGUUGAUGAAUGGGGAACAACAGCUGCAGCUGCCACAAAAGUCUAUUCUCAGUGGUCUCGGUCUUCUCCUUUUAAUUGUGACCAUCCAUUCUUGUUCUUAAUCUAUGACAAAAAAAUGAAAGAAAUUUUAUUUGCUGGUACUUAUCAUGGUCCAGAAAUAACUCACUAGGUAUUGAACAAUAGAUUUUCAUAACGUCUCAAUUUCGCAUAUGGAGUUUGUAUGUAGUGUUAAAAAAAUUAUGUUUUGUGCCAAAUCUUAUGGACUUUUUUUUAAAUG